AUGUUGAUGUACAUUGUUGUGUUUGUUCUUCUCUUUACUGGUUGCAUGGCCAACAAAGUGGCAGAUUCGCUGAUUCAAGAAUCUUGCAAAAACAUUUCAAAAUCUAUAUUAGUGGACACCAUUCCAAAUUUCGAAAAAGAUUGCAUUGAAUCUCUCAAAGCGAAUCCGGAGAGCCAGAAAGCGAGAAAUGUCGAUGAUUUAAUCAUGGUAGGAAUGAAUAACGCCAUGUCACAGUUAAGCAACGUGAAAACAACUGUGGAGAAGAUUAUAAAAGAGAAGAAAUAUAAGAGUAGCCUUAGUAAGAAAUUGUUGGAAGAGUGCCUUAAGCUUUACUCCAAGAGCGCUCACAUGUUAACCUCAGGUUUGAAUUACCUCAAAAAGGGGAACUUGGAGAAGGCACAAUAUGAAAUUAAUGAUGCAGAUGAAGCACCGGUAUUUUGCGAGUUGAAAUUCAACGGCGACAAUCAACAGAUAUCUCCCGUGAAAAAAGAAAAUGAUCUUCUCUUAACAAUGAUCAACAUUCCUUAUAUGUUACUUAUGGAACAUAAUUUAUAG